CUCAGGUUUUAGUGAUAUGUGGAAUGAGUACCACAUUGUUUACUUCUGUCUGGAAAUUUAGUUAAUCUAGAUGUUGCCAGUGUAUUGAUGGCGCUACAUCCCAUUAUUUCCUUUCCCCAUAGCCUCUUAGACAGGAGGUAGAUGCUUUAGCUUUGCCUAGAAACAUUUCUGGGAGAGACAAUGGCUGCUGAGAACACCUGGUGGAGAAGUGGAAUCACUGGCAGCACCCUGCCUGAUGCUGAAGGACCAGCCCCAGAUGAGUGUGAUGGUGCUGCUCUCACCUGCUGCCAGAAAGGGGAGGCUCCACGGGUGUAACCCAUUACCAGCAGGUCUCGGGGCUUCAACUCCGUCAGGCAGCGGUGGUGUCCCCUUUGGGAAGGGACAGAGGCGGCGGAGAGCGGGAGCCAAGCGGUGCCGGCCCGGGACGGAGCCCCUCUCACCGGCGGGGGGAACGAGCCCCUCUACGCUGGCCAUGAAAUCAGUCAUGUCCAGCACCUUUCGGUCCUGCCUUCGCCUCUCCCUUCGCCGCGCCCCGACAGCGCCGUCCGCCAGGUGGGAUGGAUUACAGAGUCCCUGGUGCUGUCAGCAAUGGUGAAAUGGUGCCCACACACCCUGGCAUGGAAAAGGAGAAGGAGGAAGAAGAGGAGAAGGACCAGACACUGGAGCGUGGUCAAUGGAACAACAAGCUGGAGUAUGUCUUGUCCGUGGCUGGGGAGAUCAUCGGCCUGGGAAAUGUCUGGCGCUUCCCCUACCUCUGCUACAAGAACGGUGGAGGUGCUUUCUUCAUCCCCUAUCUCAUCUUCCUCUUCACCUGUGGGAUCCCAGUGUUCUUCCUGGAGACAGCGCUGGGGCAGUACACGAGCCAGGGAGGGGUGACAGCCUGGCGCAGGAUCUGCCCCCUCUUUGAAGCCUGGAUUGUUAUGCACCUCCACACAUCUCCUGCCCACCUGCCUGAGAGGGCCACUGGCUGCCCCCUUUCCAAAAUCCUGCUGGAAAAAUGGAUCACCUUCACCAAACAGUUCUCACUGUUACAUUGCAUCCUGGUUUUCUUCUUCAUGGCCACAGUUUUGGCAAGGAGCUUUGUGCCCAAACAAGGUUAUCCUUUAAGAGGAAUUGGCUACGCCUCACAGGUCAUCGUCAUACUGCUGAACUUCUACUACAUCAUUGUCCUGGCCUGGGCCUUGUUUUAUCUCUUCAGUUCGUUCACCAUUGACCUCCCCUGGGGCAGCUGUGACCACGAGUGGAACACAGGGAACUGCAUGGAGCUUCAGAAGGCAAACUCAACCUUCAACGUGACCAAUGAAAACGCCACGUCCCCAGUCAUCGAGUUCUGGGAGAGGCGAGUGCUAAAGAUUUCUGAUGGCAUCCAGCACCUGGGUGGUCUCCGCUGGGAGCUGGCUCUGUGUCUCUUGCUGGCUUGGAUCAUCUGUUACUUCUGCAUUUGGAAAGGGGUCAAGUCCACGGGCAAGGUGGUAUAUUUCACUGCCACAUUCCCAUAUGUCAUGCUGAUUGUGCUGCUGAUCAGGGGAGUCUCCUUACCUGGGGCAUCCCAGGGAAUCCUCUUUUACCUUUAUCCAGACAUCAGUCGCCUUGGAGACCCUCAGGUCUGGAUGGAUGCAGGCACUCAAAUCUUCUUUUCGUAUGCAAUUUGUCUGGGAUGCCUGACGGCUCUGGGCAGCUAUAACAAAUACCAUAACAACUGCUACAGGGACUGUGUGGCUCUGUGCUUCCUCAACAGUGGCACCAGCUUUGUGGCUGGCUUUGCCAUCUUCUCCAUCCUGGGCUUCAUGGCAGAGGAGCAGGGUGUGCCCAUCGCCAAGGUGGCUGAGUCAGGGCCUGGUCUAGCAUUCAUCGCCUACCCUCGGGCUGUGGUCAUGCUGCCCUUCUCCCCACUCUGGGCAUGCUUCUUCUUCCUGAUGGUUGUCUUGCUGGGACUGGACAGCCAGUUUGUCUGCGUGGAGAGUCUUGUGACAGCUCUUGUGGACAUGUACCCCACCAUCUUCCGCAAGAAGAACCGCCGUGAGACCCUCAUCCUGCUGGUCUCCAUCCUCUCAUAUCUGGUUGGCUUGGUGAUGCUCACAGAGGGUGGGAUGUAUGUCUUCCAGCUCUUUGAUUACUAUGCUGCCAGUGGCAUGUGCCUGCUCUUUGUAGCCAUCUUUGAGACUCUCUGCAUUGCCUGGGUCUAUGGUGCCGAGCGUUUCUACGAUAACAUUGAAGAUAUGAUCGGCUACCGGCCGUGGCCCAUCAUCAAAUACUGCUGGCUUUUCAUCACCCCUGCGGUUUGCAUGGCAACCUUCCUGUUUUCUUUGAUCAAAUACACCCCAUUGACUUACAACAAGAAGUAUGUGUACCCGUGGUGGGGAGACACUCUGGGAUGGCUGCUGGCCCUCUCCUCCAUGGUGUGCAUCCCUCUGUGGAUCAUCUACAAACUCUCCACUAUCAAAGGCUCACUCAGAGAGAGGUUUCGCCAACUCACCUGCCCACUUGAGGACUUGCCUUCCAGGCCAGGCACAGAACAGCCCCUUCCCUCUACCAGAGCUGGCCUCCUGAUGCUGACAGAGCUCGAAUCUCAUUGCUAGGACUAGUGUGGCCCUUCCACCCUCCCACCAGGAUGGUUUUUAUACAACCUUUGCCACCUGUUGGAUAACGCAAGGAUUCUUCACUCACCAAGACGAGAGGGAUUUCUGGGCUGAGCUCCCUUCUCUGGAAGAUUUGAAGGGCUGAUGAAGAGGCUGCCAUGGAGAUGGUCUGUGUGGAGUUAGCAAUGCACCUUAAUUCUACCCCUGGAGAGAGCUCUGAAGGGGCACAUCAAGCACCAGUGUUCCUGAGCAUCCCCAGGCUUCUGGUGGGCAGAAAGGAAGGACUGACCCUGGAGUAAAGUGUCAGAGUCAGAGCUGUGGCUCCAAUGUGGACUUCAGGAGCUUCUCCAUUCAUUCCAUUAAAUCUAUGUUUUUCCUGA